AUGUGUAAUUACUUGCUAUUAUGCAUUACAAUCACUUUUUCUUUCGUAAAUGCCCAAAGGCAGGAAGGUUACAAACUUGAUCCCUUGACAUCAUAUGUAAUUCUCGCUCCUAAUCGCAUCAGAGCUAAUGAGCUUGUACAAAUCAGUGUAUCUAUAUUUGAAUUACUUUAUCAACAGUUAACAAUACGGUUGGCCAUUAAAGUUAAUUCAACUGAAAUUAUUUCUAGUCGAGAAGUGUUUAAAUCUACUGGGACGAGAAUCAUGCAACUAAAAGUACCUAAUUAUGCUCGAACCGGUACGUACUGGUUACAUGUUGAAGGUUCUAUUGUGUCCAAUGCUUCAAUUUUAUUUUCAAAUCUCACAAAACUAACAUUUUCCGAACAGUCUGAGUCAAUCUUUAUACAUGUUAGUAAACCAAUAUAUCAUCAAAGUCAAAUAGUCAGAUUUCGUGUUAUUCCAAUGCUACCAGAUUUAACUCCUGCUUUUGGUUCUCUGGUUAGCAUUGAUGUACUUGAUGCAUCAGGUAAUUUAUUUAAACGAUGGUUAAAUCCAAUGACAAAUAUUGGAGGUAUAAUUGAACUAGACUUUCCAUUAUCGGAUCAAGUUCAUGAAGGUGUUUGGUUAAUACGUGCUAAUCAUGAAAGAUUUUCAGCUGAAAAAACAUUUCAAGUAAAAGAAUAUUGGCGACCUUUGUGGGAUGUAAAUGUAACUCUUCCACUUAGAAUAACUGAUAAUGAACUAGGCCUUUAUGGUUUAAUAUCUGCAAAUUAUACAAGUGGAAAAGCUGUUAAAGGCAAUGCAACUGUAUUGAUUCAGUUAAGGAAAUCGGGAAUUAAUCGUUGGACUAGCCCACCUCGAGCUGAAUUUAGACGUUACUUAUUAGCAUUAGAUGGAAUUGGGGAUUUUCUACUACCCAUGUCCGAAAUACGUCAAGCUGUUAGUAGUUCUACAACAGAUUCUUCAUUGGCUAAUACAGAAAUUUGGGUGAAUGUAACCUAUUUUAAUUGGUGGGAAAAAACUCAUCGAACUGGUUGGGCAUUUACAAAAGUUUAUUCUUCCAAUCCAUUGAUAAAAUUUCUUGGUGGAAUGGUUCGACCUUUCAAACCCAAUAUGUAUUUGACUAUUUACUUGGUUGUUUAUAUGGCAGAUGGUAGUAUGGUGAAGUAUAGUGGAAAUCGUAAAGUUACACUCUCAUUUUAUUGCCUUGAUAAUACUUUUGAUAAUCAAAUCACCCUACCUAUAUCAGACGAUGGUGUAAUACGUUAUACUUAUAGGCCAACUGGAGAAGGUUGUAUCACUUAUAGAUUGGAAGCCAGAUAUAUUGAUGAGACAGACCGAAUUUUAUCAAGCGAUCAACAACGUUUAUUUGCUGUAAAUUCUUAUUCAGGUGCUUAUUUACAGUUAUCAACAUCAACUUUUUCACCUAAAGUCGUUUCUAACGGAAAUAUUUUAGCAACUGAUCAAUUGCGUAUGCGAAAUGCUGUUACAUCACGAACAUUUUCAAUUGCUGUAUCACGUUAUAUGUUUCCAGUAUCACAUAUUGUUGCGUAUUAUAUUAAAGACAACAGUGAAAUUGUAUCAGAUUCACUAACAUUUUAUACGAAUUAUUCACAUUUGAAUAAUGUACAAAUGCAAGUUAACCGAGGAAAAGAUUUAAAUCAGGAUACGCUAGAAAUUAGAGGUUAUGCUAAACCUGGAUCUUAUAUGGCAUUCAGUGUAAUGCAUGCUGAUUUGUAUGCUUUUGGUGGAGCUUCAUUCCUACGAGAAUAUGAUAUUGUGGAUGAGUUAAUGACAUAUGAACAACAUAGUCAAGCACCAUUAGUUCAUACAUGGUAUGAUGACUUGAAAGAAAUCAAACGAAUCUAUUUACCAACAUCAAGUAAUGGAGCUGAUACCAAUAGUACAAUGAAUUCAUCCGGUUUGAUUAUAUUCACUGAUGCUAAUUUUACUAAAGCGAAUUUUUAUCAUACAUGUAAUGAAACUGAGAACCCUGCACGUGCUCUACCAUGCUACUCUCUUACUGGUCGUGAUUGUUAUUCACGAAGUGAAAGAUGUGACGGCAUCAAUCAAUGUGCUACUUGGAUUGAUGAAAUGGAUUGUCCAGAAAAUGAGACUAAGAACCCUCAACCGUUACGUCCAAUAAACACAUUCGAUAUACUAAAUCGUCAGUGGAAUGAUGGUGCAUGGUUGUGGCAUAGUACAUUCGUCAAAGCCGAUGGACAAAUUCAAUUUCGUGUUAAUCUACCAAAAAUGAACGCAGACUGGGUAGUUGGUGCAUUUUCUGUUGAUAGUGAAUUAGGUUUAGCUUUAAUGCAACAACCUUAUAUAUUUUCUGGUACAAGACGAUUUUAUAUGACAGUUGAAUUACCUGAAGAAGCUGUCUGGGGUGAACAAAUUGGUGUUCGUACUUGUCUUUUUAAUAAUUGGAAUUAUUGGAUUGAGGCUUUAGUGGAAGUGAAAGCGAAUCCUGAUAUACGCGUUAUUCAAGUUGGUUUAGAAGGUCGCGUAUCAGCGUAUGCACCAGAAGUGUCUGUAAAUAAGGCUGUCCAGUCAUUAGCUUAUCUAGAAGCUGGCACGUCUCGUUAUAUUUAUAUGCCGAUCUCGCCUAAACUUCCUGGAAAUACUUCAUUUACAAUAUGUGCGUACAGUUUUAUCGGUUCCAAUUGUGAAACACAUACAAUACAUGUUCGUAUGAAUGGUGUAACAAAUUAUUAUCAUACUGCAAGUUUUUUAGACUUAACAAGUUCCAGUACAUUAUUUGUAAAUAAUUUUAAAAUUAUUAUCCCACAAAAAUUUACUAUACCAGAAAGACGCCUACAUCGUUUUGUACCUGGAUCACAAAAAGCUAUUCUUAGUGUAGUUGGUGACUUUAUUGGUCCAGCUUUAAGCGAACAGUUUCGUUAUGCUGAUACACACAAUAUUUUACGUCUACCUUUUGCAUCAGCAGAAAAUAUUUUCUUUGAAUUAGGCUACAAUAUGAAUUUGUUACUUUAUCUACACGGUGCUGGACACUUACCAUAUUCAGUGCUAGAAAAUGGAUUAAUUUAUUGUUCUGUUGUAUUACAAAAAGGAUUUUCAUAUUUUAAUCCGAAAAUUGGUGCAUUUGCUAAUUUUAGAGAUCGUUUAGAUGAAACUGAUCCAUUAGUUACAGCCAUUGCAUUAUGGAGUUUACUAUUAACAAGACAAACUCAAUGGAAUCGCUUAAUUUACGUAGAUGAUGACACUUUUGUUAGUAUAAUUAAUUACUUAAAACAAACUCAACAAUUUAAUUCAAAUGAUGAUAGUACGAUAAGUCAAACAACAAUUGAUAUACGAUUAUCUGGUAGUUGGAAUAUUUCCAAUGUUAUAGAUAGACGAUUUUCUCCAAUUAUUAACAAAACUAAAUGGCCUGAUCCGAUUGAUCAAGAAUGUCAUCGUCGGAUACCAUCAACAGCUAUGGUUGUCAUUGCAUUACGUUCAACUGAACGUACUUUACCUAGUGGAGUUGGUGCAGAUAAAGCUGAAGGAAUUGUUUCUGAGGCUGUUCGAUUUCUCAGUCGACAUAUUUUAAAUGUUGAUGAUUUAUUUUCACAAAUGAUUGCUACAUAUGCUUUAAAAGUUGCUGUAGAUGCAACGUCACAGCAUAAAAUAUCACAUGCGUUGAAACGAAUUCAAGCAUUUCGUCAAAAGGGUGAUUAUGUCUACUACGCCAAUUAUAGAAUACCUCCACCAAAAUGGGAAUUAGAUCAGGCCGGUAGACGAAUUGAAAAUCCUCGACUGGAAAUGCCAAAUGAUGGUUAUGGUGUUUUAUGUUCAAGUAUUUACUUCUUGUUAAAACAUGAAUUAGGUGAAUGGUCGUUUCGUUCAUCAGAAGCUUUGGAUAUGGUUCAUUGGUUAGCUAGUGAACGAAAUCAUGUUGCUGGAUUUGCAAGUACUUUUGAUUCACUUUUUGCAAUGCAUGCAUUAAGAAAAUUUGCAUUGGCUGAUACAAAUCGUGCUUUAUAUAGAAUGGCUGUAGAUGAGAAAAUUUCUUCAUUGAGUACAUGGGCAAAUCGUAUUUACAUAGAUACUCAUAAUUAUUCAACUGUUACGCAUACAACGUUUCCGUCAGAAAAUGUUUGGGGCGAUAUUACAAUGAAACUUGAAGGUACUGGACGUGUUUUAUUACAAUUAGAUGCAGAAGUGAAUGUUGAAUAUAAAGAAAUGCAAAAAAUGCCUAAGAAUCCAUUAGAUACAGAACAAGUUUUUAGAAGCUUUGAAAUUGAGUGUACUCCUGGUUUUUUAAGUCGUAAUAAUUCUAUAAUGAUUAUGACUGCAUGUGGACGAUGGGUUGGAACUAUGGGCAUUGAACCAUUACCUCAAAGUGGAAUGGCUGUGUUCGAAAUUGGAUUACCUACAGGAUUCAUUGUUUUAAAUGAUGAUUUAAGACGAUAUGUGAAUAGUUAUAUGGUUCCGAAUCUACGCUAUGCACGUGCAAACUCUAGAUAUGUACAUUUCUUUUUUGAUACAAUUACACCAAAUGAAACAUGUAUACAAUUUACAGCUGAACGUUACUAUCCAGUAGCUAAUAUAACCCAGCAGCAUAGAUGUUCAGCUUAUGAAUAUUAUGAACCAGGUCGUUAUAAUAAUUCAUUGUACAAUGUUGUUUCACUAUACACGAAUAGUAUAUGUAAUGUAUGUGGUAGCUUCGCUUGUCCAUAUUGUCCUGAUUAUAAUUUGUCAAAGAAACGUGCAAAAUUAUCAAUUUCUGUGAUUUGUUCAAUAUUUUUAAUGAGAUGGAUAAUAUAUUAUUCGUUUAGUAUUUCAUUUCAAAUCAAUUGAUGGGACAUCAUGUAAAAUAUGCUUUAUAACUUAAUCAUAGGAAUAUUUUUGUGAAACUUUCUUUAACAUGAUUUUCUUUUUAUACUGGAAAUAUAUCUAUUCCGUUCUUCAUGUCA